AUGUCUGACAUCACAAAGUACGAGCAUAAUGUAGGAAAGAGGAAGAGAAUCCGCCUUCGCAAUCUUGUUACAUGGUUUAAUACAACGCAAGAAGAUGGGGAGCCAAGCUUCGAAGCACCACCUGGACCCAUGAUUGAAAAAAAGUAUAUUGUGAAACAUGGCUUUGAUGGAGUUGAGAUCCAUGGAGCAAAUGGCUACUUAAUCGAACAGUUCAUGAAAGAUCAAGUAAACGAUAGAAAGGAUCAAUAUGGAGGAACCCUAGAAAACCGGUGUCGAUUCGCCCUAGAAAUCGUCGAAGCAGUCGCAAAAGAGAUCGGAUCUCAGAGAGUCGGAAUAAGAUUAUCUCCAUUCACAGAUUUCAUGGAGUCUUCUGAUUCAAACCCUGAAGCUCUAGGCCUCUACAUGGCCAAUGCACUCAAUAAAUACAACAUUCUCUAUCUCCAUGUGAUUGGACCGAGGUGGUCGGAGUCUGAAAGUCCUCAGAGUCUUCUUCCUAUGAGGAAAGCUUUUAAGGCUACUUUCGUGGCGUCCGGAGGGUAUGAUAGGAAUGGAGGGAACGAAGCUGUGGCGGAGGAUGAGGCGGACUUGGUGGCGUUUGGGCGGUUGUUCUUGGCCAACCCCGAUUUGCCGCGGCGGUUUGAGCUUGAUGCAGGGUGGAAUAGGUAUGAUAGGAGCACUUUCUACACUCAGGAUCCUGUUGUUGGGUACACUGAUUACCCUUUUCUCGAUGUUCAUGCUUAG